GCUGCCCCGGAGCGUCGCUGGGGCUCAGUGCUGGGAGCGCCGAGCCCGGGCUGGCUGCAACGCCGCGGAGAGCACAGGUCUGGAUCACCGCCCCCGCCGGCUCCUCUGCCCCCUGUGAAAUGAGGGUCCUGGGUGGGCACUGCGGGGUGCUGCUGGCGUGCCUGGCCCUCAUGCUUCCAGUCUCAGAGGCAAACUGUGAGGUGCUUGGUCUAGUUGACUUUUUUGUCAUCUUAGAAUAUGUCAUAUUUGUUAACAUAGAAGCAGCUAUCAGGACAACUAUUACAUUACCUGCUGGUGCCAAAUCUUCCUGGGAUGAUGUCCAUUAUCACUUUGGAGUGAAUUCCCCUGGAUUUACCAUCUAUCUUUAUCCACAAUAUCCUAAAGUCUCAGAAUAUCCCUUGGAAAUGGAUCUCUGCCAGAUGAAUUUGGCCUUUGAGAACUUUACACCUGGUCUUUGCAUCAAUUACUUCUUUAAAGGACUAAUCUCCAACUGUAGAAGCCAAAUUGUCUUUUCAAUGGCGAAUUAUGAGAUGCUGGAUUAUUUUUAUCCAAAAUACUUAGGUUGUCUUGGCUCUUUUCGAGCUGGAAUAUUUGUUGGUGGACGUCAGUCAACAAAUUCUUAUCCUGAACUCAGGAGCUGUGUCAAUGCCAUUCCAGACCAGUGUAAUCCUCUGCCAUGCCAUGAAGAUGGAUACUGGAGCUGUAAGGAUGGCCAAGCUUCAUUCACUUGCGUUUGUAAACCUGGCUGGCAAGGAACAAGGUGUGAAUUUGAUAUAAAUGAAUGCAAAGAUCCCUUCACUGUAAAUGGAGGCUGUAGUCAGAUGUGUGAUAAUACACCUGGAAGCUAUCACUGUUCCUGUAGAAGUGGUUUUAUUAUGCUUUCAAAUAAAAAAGACUGUAAAGAUGUGGAUGAAUGUGCCGCAAAGCCGAGUGUUUGUGGCACAGCUGUGUGUAAGAACACUCCUGGAGACUUUGAAUGUCUGUGUCCCGAAGGCUACAGAUAUAAUCCUAAAUCAAAGUCUUGUGAAGAUGUGGAUGAAUGCUCAGAGAACAUGUGUGCUCAAUUUUGUGUCAAUUAUCCUGGAAGCUACUCUUGUUAUUGUGAUGGGAAGAAAAGAUUCAAACUUGGCAAAGAUCAGAAGAGUUGUGAGGCUGUUCCAGUGUGCCUUUCAUUGAACCUUGACAAAAAUUAUGAAUUACUCUACUUGGCAGAACAGUUUGCAGGAGUUGUUUUAUAUUUAAAAUUUCGUUUGCCAGAUAUCACCAGAUUUUCAGCAGAAUUUGAUUUCCGGACAUAUGAUUCAGAAGGCAUCAUAUUGUUUGCAGAAUCUCUUGAUCAUUCUGCAUGGCUCCUGAUUGCACUCCGUGAGGGAAAAAUUGAAGUGCAAUUUAAGAAUGAAUAUGCAACCCAAAUAACAUCGGGAGGCAACGUUAUUAAUAAUGGCCUUUGGAAUAUGGUGUCUGUGGAAGAAUUAGAAGAUCGUAUUAGCAUUAAAAUAGCUAAAGAAGCUGUGAUGAAUAUAAAUAAAAUUGGAAGCCUUUUUAAACCUACAGAAGGGUUUUUGGAAACCAAAAUAUAUUUUGCAGGAUUACCUCGGAAUGUGGAAAAUCUACUCAUUAAACAGAUUAACCCACGUAUGGAUGGAUGUAUACGAGGAUGGAAUUUAUUGAAGCAAGGUGCUUUAGGAGCAAAGGAAAUUAUUCAAGGAAAACAAAAUAAGCAUUGCCUUGUCACUGUGGAAAAGGGCUCUUACUAUCCUGGAUCUGGAGUUGCUCAAUUUAGCAUAGAUUACAGUAACAUAACAAAUGCUUUGGUUUGGCAAAUAAAUGUGAGCUUGAAUAUUCGUCCAUCUUCGGGCACUGGCGUGAUGCUUGCCCUGGUUUCUGGAAACACAGUGCCCUUUGCCUUGUCCUUGGUGGACUCUAGGUCUGAAAAUUCUCAGGAUAUUCUGGUGUCUGUUGAAAAUGUGGUAGUAUCUAGAAUUGAGGCUACAACUCUUUGUUCUGGUCAACCAUCUUAUCUGAAAUUCCAAGUCAACAAAAACAGUCUGGAGCUGUGGAAUCCACAUAAAAAAGAUACCAUCUACUCUGAAGACCUUCAAAAGCAACUUGCUAUCUUAGACAAAGCAAUGAAGGGUACAGUGACCACUUACUUGGGUGGUCUUCCAGACAUUCCUUUUAAUGCCACACCAGUAAAUGCAUUCUAUCAUGGCUGCAUGGAAGUGAACAUCAAUGGUGUACAGCUGGAUUUGGAUGAAGCCAUUUCUAAACAUAAUGAUAUUAGAUCUCACUCAUGUCCAUCAGUUUCUAAUGGCACCAAGAAUUUUUAAGGCAUAUUUUCUUUGUUGACAAUAUCUCUUUCCUGAGUGUAAUUAUACUUAUAUUUCUAUUACAGUUGGCAGGUUUUACCUAUGAUGUUCUUCAUUUGAUUACUUUUUGGUACUUUGACCUUGGCAUUUUUUAAAGGCUCUUUUUCAAGGAAAAAGUCUGUGUGAUAUAAAUCACAGAAUAAACUCUUCUCUUGCUAUCUAAAAAUUAA